AUUCGUUAUGAUUGUAAUAGUUUCUACCGCGAAAAUGGAUAUCGUAAUAAGAUCUUAUAGUUUUCGAUUGUGACUACGGUAUUGUAAUUAAAUACUUUUCCUCUUGCAUCAUGGAGACUGAUUACCUAAAUCUACAAGAUUGUAAACUAUUCCCAAACUUGGAAAUAACUAAUGAACAGAAUAUUAUAAAUGAAGAUUCGCUUUCUAAUUUUAUUGAUAAUAAUUUGGAACCUCCGUCCGAACAUAUUUCUAUUGAUGAUAUGUGGAAUCUCUUGGAAGAUUCUCCAAAUGAUUUAAAUGUAAUAAACAAUACGAUGCUAAAUUAUGACUUAGACUCUAAUGAAAUUAUUAAUAAAGAAGAUUAUAACAGAACUGUUAACGACUGGGAUGAACAUCUUGAAUCAUUACCGGAUAUGGACGAUGAUAUGAACAACGUAUCUAAAGAUACGACUCUUCUAGGAACGAAUAAUUCUUAUUUACAUUUAAAUGACCUAGAAGAAAGUAAUGUUGAAAUCAUAUCUAAUAUGAAAAUUAAAAUCAAAGGUUCAGGUAUUGCUGAUUAUAAAAAUAAUUGUGUAAAGAAUACUAGUAGUGAAAAUUCUCAAGAGGAUUUUAAUACGAAAAAGAAAAUCCAAAGUGAGAAUAAGACUACCGCAACUGAAAAUAAAAACAGAAAAAGAACAUAUACCGAAACUAUUACCACAAAGGGGAAAAAAAUGAAAAGGAAUUUAUACGAAGAAAAGGAACAAGAAGAGACUGAUACUUGUAUUGAUAUUGUAACAGUGCCCGAAGAAACACCAAUGUUAGAAGCUGGUGAUGUCAACAGUUUAUUUGAACAAUUUGAGGCAUCAGAAAUUUUUUCUGUGAAUGCAUCGUGUCACAAUAAAGUUUCUAAACAAUCCAAUCAAAAUAUACGAGCACAACCAAGAAAAAAGAAAUUGCCUGCACAUUCUAAAAACACAAAUUCACCGGUCCAUUCAGGAAACAGUAAUUCACCAGUUUAUCCAAAGAAACCAAAUUCAUCACCUCCGAAUUCAAUAAAAGACAUUAACGAUCCAGCAUCUAAAGAAGUGAUUGACAGGAUAAAGGCCCUUAAUAAAGAAACAAAAAAAGGAAUUUCUGUGAUACCUGCAAUGCCAAACCUUCGUAAAGGAGGACGAAAUAACAGCAAUCGAAUACAAGAUAUCACUAGUACAACGUUAUCAAAGAACAAAGUUGUUAAGGUGGCAAAUAAGGGUAAAAAUAAAACAAUCAACGGUGGAUCAAUCCAAUUGGACCAUGAUUAUUGCAGCAAUUCCAACUUCACCGUUAACGAUCCAGACAAUAGUGCUAGUGAAAAGAAAACUAGUGAAAAUAGUGAAAAAACUCUAAGUACAAAAAAUAAAUCUAAAAAAUGCAAUCGUCCUUGUGCAGUGAAAAACAGGACAACAACAGUUAGACAAGCUAAAAGCUUUAAAGAAAGUGACAAAAGUAAUGUUCAUAAAAACUUUAUAAAGGACAAUAGUUUAGAAUCGGCUAAAACAAGUAACAAUAGUGAACAAUUCUUACCAUACAAUAGUAAUAGUAAUAAUACAGUUGAAAAACAAUUUAAUAAGCAGACAAAAGAGCACCUCAUAAAUACUCAACCUUUAAAACAAGAAAUAAAACCACCUUCUCAUGAAAGCACACCCCAAAAAAAUGCACCAAUGUGUGUGAUGAAAAUACAAUCUGCAAUAGUAGCAAAAAUUCUCAGAUCAAAAAAUAAAAAAUUAAACAAUUCAGCACCAAUAAAAGAUAAUAAACAAAUGGUUUCUGUAUUAAAAAAGCCACCGACAGUACAACCAAUAGUACAACCAAUUGCUACUAAUAAUAAUGAAAGCAUAGUUACAACUACCAAUAGCUCCAAUAAUAUUGUGCAAAACAUUAUAAUAGAAAAUAUUGAAGAUAUUCCGAAAAAAAUCGAAACCAAACCACCUCCUCGCAAAAAACUAAAUUUAGCUGAAUAUAGAAAUAGAAGAGUAAAUUCAAAUGUUACCUCAAAACUGGCCGCUCAAUCAAUGACAAUAGCAUAUGUAUAUCAAGCCUCGACAACCACAGAACCAUUCAAAGAUCAAUUGGGAAACGAACUUUGGUGCGAAAGAGAAUGCAUCCCAGAAAAAAUAUCCGAAGCCGAUCUAAAUAAAUUAAAGGCAAAACCACCUACCAGAGACAUGGAGACUCAAACAUACGAAACUGUAUUUAAGUAUGCUACAAAAUGUUUGAGGGAUUUUGAUGAGAAAAAUGAAAUUCCUAUCAAAUCUUUGGUAGAUGUUGAUGAAAGAAACACAAUGUCUACCAAAUCUCCUAUAAUUAUCAAUGAGGAAAAUGAAGUUUCUACCAAAUCAUUGAUGGAUGUUGAUAAAAGGAAUGAUGAAAGACAACAGAGCAAAAAACAUAUAUUAGAUAGAGAAGAGCAACAAGCUAAUAAAAAACGCAAGCUUGAUUCAAGUUCAAGUCGAUCUAGAAGCCGAUCAUACAGUACAAGUAGAAGUAGAAGUCCGAGUCCAAACCGAAACGAACAUCACCGAGACAGAAGUAAAAACAGAUCUAGCAGACACAAUAUCCGCCAUAAAAGAAUUAAUCAUCGCCCCAGUUCAGUUAGUUCAAACGUCAGCUGUACAUCACAAUCGCUCUCAGACAUAAGAUCCAAUUCUAGAUCGCGAUACUCAUUCUCACAUUCAGAAUCAUCAAGAUCAAGAUCCACCUCAAUGUCCGAUCAAUAUUCUCCUUGCUCAAGAUCUUCCCCUAAUUCAAAUGACGGAAGCAGUAAAUGGCACCCUGAAAAUAGGUCCAUAAAAAGAAACUUUGCCGAAGUCAGUAGAAAUGGUGACAGGUAUAACGGAAUGCCGUCAAAAAAUUCUCACAACAACAAAAAUGGGAGAAGUUCGUCAUCAAAUAAUUAUCAAAGAUCGUAUGGCCGGUAUUCAGAAAAAAAAUCAAAUGAAUACAGGCAAAAUGUCAUUUAUGCUGGGUGUUUGGAAAGUGGGGCAACUAAAGCUACUUUAUAUCAAAGAUUUCGACGCUUUGGCUCCAUUGAAACAGUAUCGAUACAUCACCGUGAGCAACAUCCUUGGGAUUGUUAUGGUUUUAUAACAUUCUAUUAUAAACACGAUGCAUUCAAGGCUCUAGAACAUGGAAACGAUGAUCCAAAUUUACCCAAAUAUGAAUUAAAUUUUGGCCAUAGAAGAGAUUUUUGCGAAAUUCCAUAUGAAGAUCUUGAUCACUACCGUGAAGAUGAAGAAACUAAAUAUCAAGAUGAUGAAGAAGAAGAAGAAGAAGAAACAUUUGAUAGUCUUCUAAAAAAAGCGAAAGCUAAUAUAGGAAAGCGAAAAGUUUGACAUAUGUACUUUUGGUUAGUUAUAGUAUAAUUUUUAAUUUAUAAGAAUAAAAUAAGGAAUGAAAUAAUAUAGUUAAUUUCUGUAUAACUCGAGUUCUUCCUAUAGCGCGAAUUCAUAUAACACGUAACAUUUAACCGAGUUAUACGGAAAUUUACUGUAAUGUAAAUAAUAUUAUCACAUAUAAUAAGACUACAAUUUUUUUAAGGCAGAGCAGCAUAUUUUGCACAA